UGCAAUGUAUUGUUUACAAUGUAUAUUUUGUUAUGUAUUGUCUACAAUGUCUAUUUUGCUAUGUAUUGUUUACAAUAUAUGUUUUUCAUGAAUUGCUUUAAAUGUACAAUGUACUGUUUGCUACAGUUUGUCCACAAUUUACUAUUGUUAACAAUGCAUAUUUUAUUAGGUAUUGUUAACAAUAGAUAUUUUGGUACAAUGUAUUGUUUUCUAUGCAUGUCUACAAUAAACAAUGUUUUACACUGUAUGUUGACAAUGUAUGGUUUGCAAUGUAUUGUCUACCAUAUACAAUGUAAACCAUUUGUUAUGUACACUGGUUUACAAUGUAUGAUUUGUAGUGUAUUGUAUACGAUAUGCGAUGGUUUACAAUGUAUUGUCUACGGUAUACAAUGGUUUAUAAUAUAUGGUUUAUAUGCAUUGUCUACCAUAUAUAAUAGUCUACCAUAUACAAUGGUUCACAAUGUAUGGGUUGAUAUGUAUUGUAUACAAUAG